GGAGCCGGGAGGAGCGGCGGGACGGGAGGAGCGGCGGCCGCGAUGGAGCGCUUGGAGCGGUGCGCCCGCUGCCUGCGGGCCCGGCUGGUGAGCGCGGCCGCGCGCCGCCGGCUGCCUUGGUUGCUGCUCGGCCUCGUCUUCCUCGGGUCCGCCCUGAAGGACGGCGACCUGGUGCCGGAGACGCCCAUGCAGAACAAACGCAACGUGCUGAACGUAUAUUUUGUCAAGGUGGCUUGGGCAUGGACGUUCUGGCUUCUGCUGCCUUUCAUCGGAGUCACCACCUACCUGUUUGCCAAGAGCAAGUUCCUCUACGGCCCCACAAAGAGCAUUCUGACAGCUCUGCGGCGUCUCAGCACGCUGCUGGUGGGCACUGCUGUCUGGUAUGUCUGCACUGAACUCUUCGUGUAUAUCGAGAAUCUCACCGGCACGUGCUCUACCUCGACUAAACUCAGUGAGCCUCACCAGCUCUAUGCCACCAAGCAGGAGUGCCAUCAGAACAACGGGAUCUGGGAUGGUUUUGAUAUCUCGGGGCACUGCUUUCUGCUCUCAUAUUGUACUCUCAUGAUUGUGGAGGAAAUGGCUGUGCUGGAAGGCUUGUCCAUAGACCGGAACUCAAGACUGCGUGUUUUUAUCAACGGCCUGUUUGUGUCCUUGUGUUUUCUCACCAUGAUCUGGGUGUUCAUGUUUCUAUGCACUACCGUGUAUUUCCACGAUUUCAUUCAAAAGCUUCUUGGUGCACUGAUAGGUUUGGCAGCUUGGUAUGCGACGUACAGAGUUUGGUACUUGAAACCUUUUUCUCCUGGACUACCUCUCCCAAAUACACCUUUGAGUUCAAAGAAAUACAGUUAUAGCCGAUAAUUUUUUUUAAUUUUGGAUUUUUCUGUCAGUGCCAGAGUAGUUCAGGAUAGGCAUGGUUACAGGCUUUCCACUGUAAGGAACAAGGUAAUGGGCUGGAGAAAACAGCCUUUACCUGAUGGCUGGGAGGUGAUAAUGAACUUUGUUCUCAUGAGAAAAAAAAAUUAGUACUGGAAAAGGUCUGCUUUCGGCUAGGAGUUACUGGCAAAGAAAUACAAAGUUGGAUUUGUUUCUUGUAUUAAUAAAUAGAAGAACAGAUCUUCCAAAACUGACAGAGGCCUUUGCACUUUAAGACCUUAACUGACCUUAAGUUAAUUCUCCCUCUUUCUAUCUAUUUUUAUCAGAAUACCAGGGAUGAUACAAAUGUCUUUUUUUUUUAAUACUCCUACUUGUUCUUUCUUAGAGUAAGUCUCUCCUAAUGACUGCUGCUAACUAUUGCAGAAGAGUUUAGCCAUCAGUGUUCAUUUGGUAAAGCAGUAUGAAGCUCAAUUGCAAAAUGCUAACAUCUCCUGUUAUCAGGUAUUAAAUACACCUAACAAGGGCUUGUGGCAAGUUGGUGUAUGCGUGUUCUGCAGCAAAGAGAAUGAAUCUGAGAUAUAAUAGCUUAAGCAGUCUGUGACUUGAAAUUGAUACCUGUCUUUGGAAAGGGAACUCUUCAGUAACAAGUCUUAUCUUUCUCCUUGCAUGAAGUAGCUGUAAUCAUGUUUUGUAACUCUAUUCUAGACAGAAAAAAAUCCCAAGUCUAUUGAGA